AUUAUUUGACAUAUUGUUUUCAUAUAUUGUGACGACGACGACGACAACGACGACGAAUUAUAUAUUUUUAUUGAAGUGAGAGUGCAACCUCCUUUAUAGGCUCUCAUUCAAAGGAGUUUAUUUACUCGUUUUCAGUUGCAUAUUUUCUGCAUUGUGGUUGAACCUCGAUUUGGACAAACUUCCUUGCUUUUUGUCGUAUACGGAAAAAUUGAAUACGAGAAAAUGUAAAUGAUAAAUAUAUGAAAAACAAAAGCAAAAACACUGACAUUGAACAAGAAUCAACAAUAAUUAAAUUUACAAUUGAUUUGUGAAGCAAAUAGAACUCAAGUGCUAAUGUUAACGGCUAGAAAUUUUGUGCAAAAGCAGUGCGUGUUCAGUUUCAUUUAAAACACUUGUGACAUUUUGUGAUAUUCAGCAUUUUUCAAAGUGUUUGAUGUAAAAAGAUUUGAAGAAAAAAAACACACAUACACAAAAAGCUUCUUCUUAGUUCAAACAGUGAAUAUUUCUAAGUUCCAGAUUUAUGAUAUAAUUUAAAAUUGAUUUAAUUGGGUGAUCUAAUUUCACUCGUAAUGUCAACCAAUGAAUCCCGACGUUAAUGAAGCAAACAUCUCAGUGACUUUAGAAAAGGCAAAUAUGAGACAAAUUUAAUUGUACUACCAAUUGGUGAAUUUAAGCGAGGAAAAGUCAUGAAAAGUUUAGAUUUAUGUGAGCAAAUUGAAUUGUUUUAAUUUUAACGAUUGCAACGCGAUUUGAGUAGAAGAAAAACAAAGUUAAGCGAAUAUUAAUUGAUUUCAAAUAAAAUUUAAUAGAAUAAAAGUAGAAUAUAGUGGAAGGACAAGCAAGCAAGCAACAUGGAUUACACGUAUUUAAAUCAGGCGGCCGCCUCAUUCGACACAAAUUGUUUACAAAAUGGAAUUGAUCCCAUGUCCAAUAUGCCUUGUACGUAUGGCGAUUUAACGUCUUGUAGCCAAAUGUAUAGCGCUCGAUAUACAGCCGCUGCAGCCUCGAUGGCGCGCAGCUACAAUCCGGUCGGAUCGAGUGUUGGCCAUGGAAGUGCGGCGGCGGCUGCAAUGGGUAGCCUACAUCAUCCUGGUGGCCCCGGAUCACAAUGUUCUGUCAUUGGGGCGCGAAAUCAUCACCAAGAUGUUCAUCGCACAUCAAUGUUUUCUACAUCAAUGGGCAUGCAAUCCGGUCUUCCUUACAAAGUGUAUUCCAGUCACGAAUCGGUAUUAAGUGAAAAACGGAAACAACGACGCAUCCGUACCACAUUUACAUCGGCCCAAUUGAAGGAGCUCGAACGUGCUUUCCAAGAGACUCACUAUCCGGACAUCUAUACACGCGAAGAAAUUGCCAUGAAAAUCGAUUUAACCGAAGCCAGAGUUCAAGUCUGGUUCCAGAAUAGACGCGCGAAAUUCCGUAAGCAAGAGCGUUUGGCACAGCAAAAGGUUACGAAUACGUCAUCCGAUUCACCGAUCAAAUCAGAAGGAAAAUCCAUUGGGAAUACAACACCAAAGGAUAUCAAACCAGGUUCACCGAAUUCCACCAUUUCCACAACGCCCAAUUCAAGUGCUUCGUCCCAUCAUUCGAACGGUGACAUCAAACCCUUAAAUGGAAAAUUAACCGACGAUUUGAACGUGAAUAACAAUAAAUGGAUCGGUGGAUCGAACACACUAUUGCAGAAUAACAGUAACAAUAGCCAUCAUCAAUUGCUCAACAACAAUAAUAACAAACAGACGAACUUGGGUUCCGGCCUAUCGAAUCAUCAGCACCAUCAUCAUGCACUAUCGGCGGCCGCACUAUCAUCACCGUUCUCAUCGUUACUGAGCGCCGGCAGCUCAGCUGGCUAUCUACUUGACCCGCUAGGAGGAUUCAGCAAACCAACUACAGCGAAUCACUUAUUUUAAAGUAGCAAACAAACCAAACCAAUUGUAAACGUCUUUCAACUUAGUGAAAAUAAUUCAAAGAGAAAAGAAACAUACACACACACGCAUUUUCUAUUUAAAUUACUACUGUCAGCAAAACGUUCCACCAUUAGAAUCUCCAUUGAAAAUGAAACAGAAAACAAAAUGAAGAAAGAAACAUGAAAUAAAAUGUGUCUAUAAAGUUAAUUUCAUUUCGAUCGAUAAGUAACAAAUAAAUGUCAUAGGAAUCCAAAUUUUGCAGGGCGAGCUCCAUGCGACACACUCUUUAGCACGUAAUUCUAGUCAUGCAAUCGCAAAUAUUAUAUCCAAACAUUAACAUUAUUCCUUGAAUGUCAUUUCGUAUUUUGUAAAUAAUUGUAUGCAACAUUAGAAAAUGAAGACUUUCUGUCCAAAAACCACACUAAUGUUGAAAUCUUGGAGGUCAUUCAUGUCUUCGUUCGACUGUUCGAUUGAUUGAUUUUCUUCUAUUCGUCCUGUGUUUGCAGGAAUUCGUUUUUAGUUGAUUCAUUCAGUAGCAUUCAGUCAUUCAAAAAAAAAAAAAAAAAAACACUGGACAACUAAUUAUCGAACAAACAUUUUCCCAUCACAGUACCAAUCGAACAGUUUACAAAAUGAAGAACCUUGUGAUUUAUUUAUAGACUUGAUUUUAUUUGAGUUCAUAAUGUCGAAUUGACUUUCUUUUGUUGUAGAGUUUGGCGAAUCAAAAGCAAAAGCAAACGCAAAAGCAAACACAAUGACAAACGAAAAUUGAGGUUUUAGUUUCAAAGUGAAGGAAUUUUUUUAAAGAAAACUCAUUCAUUAAAUAUAGGAAUUUCAGGAAUGUUAGGAAAAUUUUGGUUUGAAAAAAGUUUUUUGUCAAAGAAAAAAAUUCCGUGAUCUCUCAUAAAACCCUUGCGAUAUUUUGUGACGAUUAAACCUUUUUUUUCUAGGGCUAUCAAUCAUUACGGUGAUUUUGGUUAUAAGUUGUAAAUAAAAGAAAAUGCUUGUCUAAAACAAAAUGGAAGUAUAUUAUAUAGCAAUAUCGUAAGCUUAAGCAGCGAUAGAAUUGGAUAGAAUUGGUUGUCCUUGGAACAGAAGAAAAACAGAAAAUCAAAUGAAUAGCCGCGCUUCACUGCGAAUGGUUCGUCAAUCUAUCGACUUCAAAAUAAUGCAAGAGCGUAAAAGUGUGACUGUUCGCGGUUGCGUUCCGUGAAUUGGGUCAUUUGCAAACAUGAUGAGAGAAAUACACUGAGACUGAGAGGAACACAUUCUCAGCACGAAAUAUGAGUUCAAAUAGGUCCUUUGGUCGAUGAUAACACGUCAAUUUUGAGCAUUCAUCUUUAGCAAACGCUUGAAAAGUUUGACACACGGAAACAUAUAAACAUAAAUUAGAACAAAGGAAAAAAAACUAGAGUAUACGUCCCAUCCAUCACAUGAUGUCCGACUGUAUCGAUGAAUAGCAACAACAAGAGCCCAGUACUUUUGUAGCAAAUGGGAUUUCGAACAUUUCACAAUCUACCUAAAAUUGUAUACGACAGCUAAGAUUUGCAUAAGAGGCGCCAGAAUCGUUAUAGAAUUUUUUCAUUGGGAAAAUAAGAAUUUCUGAAUACACACAAACACACACACACAUGCACUUGAUCAAUUGAUUCGUUGAUUGGAUAGAAUAUACGUAUUUUGUUGGUCACAAAAGUGAUUUUGUAAAUAAAAAAGACAAAUAAUCAAAUCGGAACUAUUGUUUGUCAUUUACGGUAAAAUCACAAGCAAACGAGCAAGGGAGAAAGAAAAAAAAACACUUAAAAACAAGAUCAGUCAAUGACAGAUAGCUGAGGAUAUAUGCUGAGCAUAGAUACUCAGUAAGCUGACAUUGGGACAUUUUGACUUUAUGACGUGUAGUCCAUACAAAUUUAUGAUGGCACGCAUACAAUUUCGUGCAUUUCAUCAUGCAUUUAUAUGGACUACACGUCAUAAAGUCAAAAUGUCCCAAUCUCAGCUUACUGAGUUUCUAUGCUCAGCAUAUAUCCUCAGCUAUCUGUCAUUGACUGCACAAUAUCACUCAAUUCAAAACAAACCAAAAACAAAAAAACACACACAAUGAUUCAACGUAUAUACUUAAUACCUAUGCAUAGAUUGAUUUUCAAGAUAUUUUAUUGUAAGCCACAAAAGCCAAACAAAUUAAGCAAACGAAAUCUAAAGUUUGAUCCCAAAAAUAUAUAUAUUUAAGUUAAAAUUAAAUGAAAACAACCAAAAUGUUUAACCAGCUAAAUGUAAAACUUGAUAAUGGUAAGA